AUGUUUGAUGACGAGUCUCCGUCCAUGGGCCACGCCCCGACCCCAGAACCCCAUUGCGACACGAGUCGCAGGCCCCGCAAGGCCGACCUCACAUCUCAUUCAAAACCAGACGACUGCUGUCUACCCAUCGAGGAACAGCCCAAACAUGCCUCACAAAAGCACCUGUGCUCGUUCAAUCUAUGCCUCACAUGGGCUCGUCGCUCACUAUUCGCUCUGCUCCUAUCUGCCUCCGUGUUAUGGCCUGAUGACCAUUUCGGCUGA